AUGAUCGACAAAAUUAAGCCUAGGCCUAAUAAACGGUGUCGACUGUUGGUAAACAAAGUGUUCCGGAGUAACUCGAAACACGGCUAUUCACAGGUGCCGAGUUAUCAGAAUGAACUUGGGCAUAAUGUCUCCAAUAAUCUCAAACUCAAAAUCGCCAAUGGCGAGUACAUUAAUUUAGGGCUUUUGGUUGAUCGGAGUUAUGAUUCUGAUCCUAAUGACAAUAUUAAAUAUUUUUCUAUACAAGGAGGCAACUUAACUUUAUCAUCAAAAUGCAAACCCAGGGUCAUUUCAGAUAUUCAGGUGUGGACCGAUGCAUUUUUUAUCUAUGCCUCAAUUUACGUAUUGGCACACCCAGAAUGUAGUGCUUCCCUGUUUAAAUACAUGCACACUAUCAGACUAGGGGCCAGUCGAUCCAAGGCACUUGGCUGGAGGGAUUACGACAUUCAAUUCCGUUUGAAAAAAGAACGCAACUACGGUAUGUCAUUUGCUGUUGUUGAUCAAGAGUUGUGGCUGUUAUACAUGUACAGCCAACUCGUUGUCCAAGGGUCGGUGUCACAAGCCACUCCCUUAAGAUGUUAUGAGUUUAACUAUAAAGGUCAAUGUAGCAAAACUGCAUGUCAAUACAAGCACGAGUGUAUCUUGUGUUCCUUGAAUCAUCCUUAUGUCAAAUGCAGACGUGGUUCAGGUUUUGACUCAAUUUGCCGACCACCCAGUGCUUCACCAUCCUGGCGUCCUCGCUUGUCCAGAGUACCAUCCACCCCAGCUACCAAUACUAGACCCCCACAACCCCAGCGCUUUAGGGCCCCCUAAACAACCCAGCAAUUUAGACCUCGGGGAUAUUGCCCCCUCCCAUAUUAGUAUUUCCGUUUUAUCUCGAUACUUGGCUAACUAUCCAGAUGAAUUAGCAGCUUUAAAAUUAUUACAGGGGUUUAGAGAGGGUUUUGAACUUUGUUACCAAGCCCAAGGGUGGCAUCAAAUUGUAAAAACCUUAAAUCAUUGCACAGUUUGCAAGAGGAGGCUAUGCACACUAUUAACAAAGAAAUAAGCUUAGGGAGGGUUGCUGGUCCCUUCAUUCAUUCACCACUCCAAAACCUUAGGUUGUCACCUGUGGGUAUGGUACCAAAGAAGGAUGGUUCAUUCCGACUUAUACAUCAUCUAUCAUACCCACAUGGGUCUAGUGUGAACGACUUUAUUGACAAAAAUGUUUGCUAAGUUAAAUAUUCUUCUUUUGAUGAAGCCCUUAACAUGCUAGCUAACCUUGGUCCCGGCGCCUUAAUAGCUCGCCUGGAUAUUAAAUCUGCCUUUAGGUUGCUGCCAGUCCAUAAGUCUGAUUUCGAGUUAUUAGGAUUCAAAAUGCUGGGGAUGAUUUUCAUAGACAAAUGCUUACCAUUUGGCUGUUCUGUUAGUUGUGCGAAAUUUGAGAAAUUUUCUACAUUUUUAGAGUGGUUAGUUAAGCAACAGGCAACUAAUUUUAAUGUGGUACACUACCUUGAUGAUUUUCUUCUCGCUGGGAGGGCAGGUUCUCAAGACUGUGUCGAUCUCAUGUCUAUGUUUAGAGCAAUUUGUGUAGACCUUGGCGUCCCCUUAGCUGAGGAAAAAACAAUAGAGCCGACAACCCGUUUAGUAUAUCUCGGUUUAGAAAUAGAUACUCUUAGUAUGACAGUUAGGAUCCCAUCAGAUAAGAUUGAGCAGUUCAGGUUCAAGUUGUCUCGGAUCUUGCUAAAACGUAAGGUUACUCUGAUCGACCUCCAAGAACUUACUGGUUUACUCAAUUUCUGCAUUUGUGCUAUCCCAGCAGGUAGGGCUUUCGUUAGGCGGCUGUAUGAUGCAUGUUGUGGGCUUUCCCGUCCGUAUCACAGGCGUAGAGUCACCGAGGAAAUGAGGAAAGAUAUAUACACUUGGCAUGCAUUUUUAGAAGAUUUUAAUGGCAUUACCUCGUAUAGAAUAGCCAAUUGGUUGAAUGAUUUUGAUCUAGAGUUGUUUACAGACAGUGCAGGCAAUGCCAGUUUAGGAUGUGGAGCUGUAUUUGGUACUCAUUGGGUUUAUUUAGCUUGGCCAGACCAGUGGAAGGGGUCAGAUAUUUUCUCCGACAUAACAUUUUUGGAAUUGGUUCCUAUAACCAUGGCAUUUGAGGUUUGGGGCAGUAGUUUGUCAGGUCAACGAGUCAUUAUUCAUACUGAUAACGUAGCCUUGGUUUCAAUUCUUAACUCUAAAACCUCCAAGUCCAAGAGAGUGAUGUUUCUGCUCAGGAGAUUAGUUCUCCAAGGUUUACUACUCAAUAUACAAUUUAAUUCUGGUAUACAUAAUAUUGAAGCGGAUUCUCUCUCCCGACAGCAAUGGAAGCGCUUCAGGUCCAGUUUCCCAGAGGGAGAUGCGCAAUCAUCACCAAUCCCCCCAUCCUUUCUACACAUGAUUUACAGCUUCGAUCCCAAGAGCUUCUAGAUUGUGCAUUGUCAGCCAAUACCAAAAAACUGUAUGACUCUGCAGUUAAGGCAUAUCAUAUGUUUUGUUCCAGUUAUCUCCCAAAGCAAGUCUGGCCCCCAUCCCCUGCAACUUUGGUUGAUUUUGUGUCAUACCUAUCCCUCACGAAGCUUUCACCUAACACAGUAAAAUCAUACAUUGCAGGCAUUUCUUACUACAACAAAUUGCACGGUUUUCCUGACACUACACAGUCAUUUUUACUCAAGAAAGUCUUAUUGGGCUUUAGUCGUAGUAACCUACACAAUGAUGGAAGGAAACCAAUCACCUUUGACAUUUUAAUUGGCAUGGCUCAGGCACUUCCAAAGAUAUGCAAGUCAUAUUAUGAAUCUACACUAUUCUCAACCAUAUUUGUGACAGCAUUUUUGGGGGUUUUCCGAAUGGGGGAGUUAGUCCAGAACAGUAAACAUGAUGCAGGCCAUGCCAUUCAAGUUCAAAAUGUUCUAUACUCGCCACACGACAAUACCGUCAGGAUUCUUCUACAACAUUCAAAAACUGACCAGGAGGGAAAGGGGGUAGUGAUUCACUUAAAACCUACUCACAGGACCAUUUGUCCUGUCUCCUUCAUUCGGCUAUACUUAGAGUUAAGACCUACUCGUAGGGGCUCAUUUUUUUGUCACCUGUCAGGCAGCCCUGUGACUAGAUACCAGGUUGUAUCAGUUUUCAAUAUGUCAAUCCAUGAGUUGGGGCUAGACAGUAGGGCGUACAAAACGCACUCGUUCCGUAUAGGUGCAGCCUCUAAUGCAUGGGCUUCCGGAGCUAGUGAGCAGUAUAUUGCUACAGAAGGUAAAUGGAAAUCUCAAUGCUUGCGUAAUUAUAUUAGGAAUUAGCUCAUCCAGAUAAAAUUGGUUUGUUUUUUGUUUUUAAUGUUAGUUUGUUUAUUACCCAUUUUAGAGCAUAGAAGAAUCUGGAUCGUCAUGUCAUCCAUUAUUAAACAUGCUUUUUGUCAUGCAAGAAAGUCUCUCUUUAGUACCAACCUGCAGUUAGAUAGACUCAAUGCAUCCAUUUUCUGGCAAGGACAAGGGGGCAUGAGGUGAGGGCAAGUUUAUAAAAAAGUUAAAUUGUUGCUUCGGCUGGAAGACCCACCCGAAAUUUUACUUUUACAUUGUGGGGGCAAUAAUAUCCCAAUGCAAGAGGGAAAGUCCAUUGAACUUAGGUUUAACAUAAUAAAAACGCUGCAGCAUCUUUCAAAAAAUUUGCCAUCCACUACAUUAGUUUGGUCUCAGAUUUUGCCUCGGGGUGAAUGGAGGGGUGAGAGGAAUCAUGUGGCUUUAGAGAGAGUCAGGAAUCGGACAAAUAGGGCUGUGGCAGCCUUUUUAAAGAGGUCGGGUGGAAAAUACAUUCGAUACCCUGAGCUACGUUCAUAUUGUCCUGAUCUGUUCUCGUCAGACAAAGUUCACCUUUCCAAUCUCGGGAAUGACUUGUUUUUGUACAGAUUACAGCAAGCUUUGCAAACAUUUUUGUCCGAUUCAACUGUGUUUGCAUCUCCUAAAACCGGGGAAGAUGGGUCAUGGCUGCGCUAUGACUAACUGGGUCAUAGUCUGUCAUACUUGACACUGAUAUAUGAUUUUCUUUUCACCUAGUCCAGUCUACCAGAUAUCUAAUAUAUCCGCUAUGACGGAUGUAGAUUAUCUUGUUUGUUCAAUCAUUUUGACUAUUAUAGGCGGGAUUAAACCGUCAGUCUAUACCUAUAUAUAGACACAUAUUUACAAACUAAUAUGGAUGUAGGGGCGCCAUAUCAUUUGUUUGUUGUUUGUUUUUUUGUUGUUUUUUUUGUGGGGGGGGUGUCUCAUUCUGCUGCGAACACCGGCCUCUGAUAGAAAGAAAGCCCACAACAUGGGGCAUAGCUCUACUGGUGGCGCAGACGAUGCACAGCAUCGUCUCGUGACGGCAUUCUGGCUUACCAGUAGUGCUUCUAUGUUAACUUUACUUCAAUUGACAUUUUCAUUUUCUAUUAUGGACUAGGUGAGCAAGCAAUCUGAGCAUCUGUUCCCAGGGCUCAAAUAUUUUGCUUGUUUUUAGGGAUGCCCUCUAAGGCAAGAAUUGAUGCCUGGCUCCCACAUUUAUAAGCAGCCAUGGCCAAUCAUCGCCAAUAAACUUACAAAAUAUAUGUUGCGUAGUCAUCUUUUCAUUGGGUGAUUCCCCGUAGUUAUUUUCUGCAUUUCAUCUUUGAUAAUAAGAUUUAACCACUUGGGGUUAAAUCCAUUUAUCAAAGGGAAACGUAUAUUGAUUUGCUGCUCGUUCAUGAUUCUAUCUAUUCUCAGAUUAUUUAAUCUUGUAUCCACUCGUUUUCACUCGUUCUGCUACAUUGACGAUAACAAGUCGUUACCGGGUUUUUUAGUGCUGAUCAUAACUGUCGGCGGUUAGCUUUUAUGACGUCAUAUUGUGCUUUCGUCACAUUCAGCUAGAAAAAUUCACCCUCCCUCCCAUAUCCCCCCUUUUUUCGGGGGGGGGGGGGGGGGGGGCUCUGACAAUUUGAUAGUCGUGUACUAAUUUUGUAGACUGGUUGAAGAUUAUCAUUCUGUUUGAUUACAUGUAUUUCUUGCCUACGGGUACUGCUGUUUCGUUUUCUCUUGAUUUAUAUUACAGGUCAAGUCAAACCUGACUGUUUUCAUCAAUGACUCCCAAUCGUCAUGGCUGCGGACAACGUUUCCUCAUGUUGGCGGCAUUCUGGCUUACCAGUAGUGCUUCUAUGUUAACUUUACUUCAAUUGACAUUUUCAUUUUCUAUUAUGGACUAGGUGAGCAAGCAAUCUGAGCAUCUGUUCCCAGGGCUCAAAUAUUUUGCUUGUUUUUAGGGAUGCCCUCUAAGGCAAGAAUUGAUGCCUGGCUCCCACAUUUAUAAGCAGCCAUGGCCAAUCAUCGUCAAUAAACUUACAAAAUAUA